AUGGGGAAGCCUCCGAAGAAGAAGAGCCUUGCUGACAAAGUCCGCAAAACCAAGACGAGCACAGAGAUAAAAAACAAUCCGUUUGAGGUCAAAAUCAACCGUAAAAAAUUCGAUGUCCUGGGUCGAAAAACUAAGCAUGAUGUCGGUCUGCCCGGGGUUUCUCGGUCCAAAGCCAAUAAUAAGAGAAAGGAAACCCUCCUGAAGGAAUAUAAACAGAAGAACAAGUCCAACAAGUUAAUUGACAGACGUCUCGGAGAAUAUGACGCCAAGAUGGAUCCUGAAGACAAAAUCCUACAGAGGUUCACCAUGGAGAGACAGCGUGUUCACGAAAAGAAGGAUGUGUACAACCUGAACGAGGAAGAAGAGUUGACUCAUUAUGGCCAGUCACUGGCUGAAAUGGAGAAGUUCAAUGACGUCGUGAAUAGUGACGAUGAAUCGGAGGAGAAAGGGCUCUUAUCAGCUGAGCUGACUGCCGCCCACUUUGGAGGAGGAGGGCUCCUCAGGAAGAAAGCACCAGGAGAGGAGGAGGAAGGAAGCCAGAGGGCCAGGACCAGACAGGAGCUCAUUGAAGAGCUCAUCCAGAAGUCCAAGCAGGAGAAGAGGGAACGGCAGGUGCAGAAGGAGGAGGCACAGGAGCUGACUGAGAAGCUGGAUCAGGACUGGAAGAGCAUUCAGUCUCUGAUGGUGAAAAAAACUCCCAAAGCCGAACGCAUUGACAACCCAGAGGAGAAACCCAAGCUGGAAGAGUACGACAUGAUGGUCCGCGAGCUCGGCUUUGACAUGAAGGUUCAGCCCUCGGAGAAGAUGAAGACUCCGGAGGAGCUGGCCAGGGAGGAGCGGGAGAAGCUGCAGAAGCUGGAGGCUGACCGCCUGAGGAGGAUGAUGGGAGAUGCCGGCGAGGAGGGCGUGAAGAGUCAAAUCCACAUGUCCGCCGAUGACCUCAAUGACGGCUUCAUCCUGGACAAGCAUGACCAGAAGACCCUAGCCUAUCAGGACGGGAAAUGGAACAUUGAGGAGGAGUCGGCAGAAGAAGGAGAUGAAGAAGACGGAGAUGAGGAAGAAAGCGGUGAAGAGCAGGAGUCGGAUGCAGAGGAAAAUGAAGAUGAGGAUGAUGAUGAUGGAGAAGAAGAAAAGGAGGAGGAUGGGGACGAAGAAGAGGAGGAGGGCAGCAGUGAAGAGGAGGAUGGGCACUCAGACUUGGACUCUGAGCAAGAAAGCGAGAAUGAGGAGACGAAACAGGAGGAGAAAGACAGCCGGGUCAAACCGGUGAAGAGUCUAACCAAAGAGGAGCUGAAGGCCCAGCAGGAGGCAGCAAAAGCUGAGCUUCCUUACACGUUUGCCGCCCCUGAGAGCUACAGUGACCUGAGGGGUCUGCUCCACGGCCACACCCCCGACAACCAGCGCCUCAUUGUGGCCAGAACCCAGAAGUCCAACCACCCCAGUUUAGCAGUAGGAAACAAGCUGAAACUGCAGAAACUGUUUGGCUUUCUGUUGGAGUACGUCGGAGAACUGGCCACCAGGAGUCCUCCCGAACUUACCACUGUGGACAAGCUCAUCCCGGAGUUGUAUGCUCUGUGCCAGAUGUUUCCUGAUGCUGCCGGCCAGGCCGUGCAGAGCGUCCUCACAGACGCCGCUCACAGCAUGGAGGAGACGCUGGAGGUCAAAGGUCAUGCUGCUUUCCCCACACUAGACAUGAUGAUUUACCUGAAGGUGACAGCCCUGCUGUUUCCUACUUCAGACUUCAGGCACCCAGUCACAACUCCAGCCCUUCUUUACAUCGGCCAGGCUCUCACUAAGUGUCCUAUAAGGUCUCUACAGGACCUGACGACAGGUUUGGGGUUUUGCUGCCUGGCGGUGGAUUACGUCUCCUUUUCGAAGCGCUUCCUGCCUGAGCUCAUCAACUUCCUGAGCGGAACGCUCCACAUGGCAGUGGAGGACAAGGCUGCUGUUGGUUACACGGUGGUGCCGCCCUUCAGGCCAUCUGGAAAGUCCAGCGAUCUGCUGAAGUUGUCGUCAGCGGAGUCCCAGAAGAGCUGGAGCAAGAAAAGCAUUCCACUGUCUGACACGCAGCACCUGCAGCUCAGUAGUGAGCUGGACAGGGAUCAUCACAGGUUGACGUGUUUGUCUACCUGCCUCGGCUUAGUGGAGAGAUGCUGCCAGCUGUACAAAGACUUAACUUCCUUCACAUACAUCUUCCAGCCCAUCGAAAUAUUACUUUCCAAGCAUCUUUCCACCCAAACAUUACCCGAAUCUCUGCAGGAACUUUCCAGUAAGAUUUUAAACGCCAUCAGAAAUGCCGCUGCGCCUCACCGUCGGCUCGUUUUUGAGAAGAAAAAACCCAUUCCUUUGAAACUGCUCACGCCCAAGAUCGUUGAAGUCUUGGACUAUGGGAAGAAGCGUGGCAGUACGAGAGAGGAGCGGGAGAAGGAGCGACUUAAACACAAAUACAAGAAGGAGUUUAAGGGAGCUCUGAGGGAGAUCAGGAAGGACUCCCGCUUCCUGGCCAGAGAGAAGCUCGGAGAGGUCAUGAAGAGGGAUGACGAGAGAAAGAGGAAGGUGAGAGAGCUCUUUGGCAGCCUGGCCACCCAAGAAGGAGAGUGGAAAGCCCUGAAGAGGAGGAAGAGGAAAAUGUAG